GGCCGGGCGUCGGGGCCACACGUCCGUUCGCCGGUCGCCCGGGCUGUGCGCGCCAUGGAGCCGCGGUGCCCGCCGCCCUGCGGCUGCUGCGAGCGGCUGGUGCUCAACGUGGCGGGGUUGCGCUUCGAGACCCGGGCGCGCACGCUCGGGCGUUUCCCGGACACGCUGCUGGGGGACCCGGUGCGCCGCAGCCGCUUCUACGACGGCGCGCGCCGCGAGUACUUCUUCGACCGCCACCGGCCCAGCUUCGACGCGGUGCUCUACUAUUACCAGUCCGGGGGGCGGCUGAGACGGCCGGCGCACGUGCCGCUCGAUGUCUUCCUGGAGGAGGUGUCCUUCUACGGGCUGGGCGCGGCGGCGCUGGCGCGGCUGCGGGAGGACGAAGGCUGCGCCGUGCCGCCCGAGCGGCCGCUGCCGCGCCGAGCCUUUGCGCGCCAGCUCUGGCUGCUCUUCGAGUUCCCCGAGAGCUCUCAGGCGGCGCGUGUGCUCGCCGUGGUCUCCGUGCUCGUUAUCCUGGUCUCCAUCGUGGUCUUUUGCCUCGAGACGCUGCCAGACUUCCGCGAUGACCGCGAUGACCCGGGGCUCGCGCCGGUGGCGGCGGCCACUGGCCCGCUCCUUGCUCGGCUGAAUGGCUCCAGCCCCUUGCCUGGAGCUCCGUCCCGCCCUCCCUUCAACGAUCCCUUCUUUGUGGUGGAGACUCUGUGUAUCUGCUGGUUCUCCUUCGAGUUGCUGGUGCGUCUAGUGGCCUGCCCAAGCAAAGCCGUAUUUUUCAAGAAUGUGAUGAACCUUAUUGACUUUGUGGCCAUCCUGCCUUACUUCGUGGCACUGGGCACCGAGCUAGCCCGGCAGCGGGGUGUGGGUCAGCCAGCUAUGUCCCUGGCCAUCCUAAGAGUCAUCCGACUGGUGCGUGUUUUCCGAAUCUUCAAGCUAUCCAGGCAUUCGAAGGGCCUACAGAUUUUGGGUCAGACGCUGCGGGCUUCUAUGCGUGAGCUAGGUCUCCUCAUCUUCUUCCUCUUCAUUGGUGUGGUCCUCUUUUCCAGCGCAGUCUACUUUGCUGAAGUGGACCGAGUGGACACCCAUUUCACCAGCAUCCCGGAGUCCUUUUGGUGGGCAGUGGUCACCAUGACCACAGUUGGCUAUGGCGACAUGGCACCCGUCACUGUGGGUGGCAAGAUCGUGGGCUCUCUGUGUGCCAUCGCAGGCGUGCUCACCAUCUCUCUGCCUGUGCCCGUCAUUGUCUCCAACUUCAGCUACUUUUACCACCGGGAGACUGAGGGCGAAGAGGCAGGGAUGUACAGCCACGUGGACACACAGCCCUGUGUCACACUGGAGGGCAAAGCCAACGGGGGGCUGGUGGACGCCGAGGGGCCUGAACUCCUACCACCACUCUGGGCCCCCCCUGGGAAACACAUGGUGACAGAGGUGUGA